GUCUGCAAGAGAAGGCCGCUGAAUGGAGCGGAGUUGAGACCACCCUUGCUUUCGCCAUUGACGACAACGGCGGCGGCGCCAAUCUCUUUCAGAAAUUGGGCCUCCAAACCUUUAUUAACCUCUCCACCAAUUUCUACGACAGGUGUUGCUGUGACAAUGGAUGAGCAACAAUAAUUCUCUCUUCCCUUAACACUACCUACGAGACUUCCCUUAUAGCAUUGAUUAUGCUUUUUCUUGUCUUCUUUUAUACUGUUUCAUUGCUAUUAGCAUUCAAUGGUUCUUGUAAUACUCCUCUGUGAGGCUUUCAUGCUCUCUUAGUUAAUACCACGAGAUCUUUACCCCUUCCAUUGGGUGCUCUCAUUGAUAAUGGCCGACAAUAUUCGGAUGAAGACUAUGGAGGCUGACAUCAAGCAUUUGUAUCAAAUGAUCGAAGCGGCCACCGAGGAAGGCAGAUCUGAACGCGCGCACGCCACAGAGGCUACAGAUCUGAAGCUAGAAGCGAUCCAGUCCACUCUCACCCAUCUUCUCUCUGAUCCGAAUCGCGGGCAUUCCGUCGUGUGUGACUCCCCGCAAGGCUCGAACUCUGGAGCCGAUCAUCACCAACGACAACUACAACUGUACAGAAGGGUGAGCUUUGAUCUCCUGAAAUUUGAUGGAACGGAUGCACUAAAUUGGAUAUUUCCUGUCGACCAAUACUUCGAUUUCUUUCGAGUUCCAGUGGAAGAACAAGUCAGUCUCGUCGUAAUGCACAUGACCGGCAUGGCAGUGUCGUGGUUUCAAAUGGCUCAAUGCUUAGCUCCUUUCUGAUCAUGGGCUCAGUUCAAGCGCGACAUUGAGAUCGAAUUUGGACCCUCUCUCUUUGAGUCCCCGCGAGAACUCUUAUUCAAGCUUUAACAACACAGCUCUGUGUCUGAUUAUUAUGCCGAAUUUGUUUCAUUGGUGAAUCGAUCCAGCAUCGAACCUCAGGAUGCACUACGUGAUUGUUUUAUCAGUGGAGUGCAGGUGGAUAUUCGCCGCGAAGUAAAGGCACAGUGCCCCCUUCCUUGAUGCGAGCUGUCAGUCUUGCGCGCUUGUAUGAGGACAAAUUCUCGUCCACCACAAGGAACACGCACGACCCUUCUAACUAUAGGCCACCUCUUGCUUCGCCCCAACACACGACACCGUUGCGACCACCACCCUGCAACACUCUACCUCCGUUACUACCUACACCACCGUAGCAGUAGAUCCCUACCAAGAGUUCUAUCAAGCGUUUGACACAUGCCAAAAUCCAGAGCCGCUGUGACAAGGGAUUAUGUUACUGGUGUGAUGAGCGGUUCUCUGCCACACACAAAUGCCCAAAUAAACAUUUUAUGCUCUAUCAGGUAGAGCUAGAGCUAGAUGCUUCCCCAGGGAUUUCAAUUGAGGAGGUCCCCAAUGGCGGCAAAUUGUUGCAACGACUUGAUCAACAAGUAAUUGAACAUCAUCUAUCUUAUAAUGUGAUGCACGACACUUCUGGACCUGCAUCCAUUCGAAUCAAGGCUCAGAUUAGGGGUUUAGAUGUUCAAGCUCUCAUUGACGGGGGUAGCUCCGAUAGCUUCAUCCAGCCGCGCAUUGCCAAGUUUUUAAACCUUCCGAUUGAUCCAGCUCCGGGUGUUCGUGUUAUGGUGGGUAAUUUCGCAAUUAUGGAUGUAGAGGGGCGAAUUUCCUCCCUGGAAGUGACAUUGCAAGUUUGCAAGAUUACCAUUCCGGAGGUCUUUGUUCUCCAUGUUGCGGGAGGAGAUUUGGUGAUAGGCACCCCGUGGUUGAGGACUCUGCGAGCUCAUAUUGUGGAUUACGACGCUGCUUUUCUUCGUUUUUGGCACGAGGGACAGUUUGUGACAGUGCAGGGUGAGACUUCUUCAGCCCUGUCUCAAGCUCAAUUUCACCAUAUUGGGCGAUUGGUCAACACCGACGCCAUAGCGGAGGCAUUCACGGUUCAACUUCAGCAAAGUGAUGAGAGAGCAGAAACACUUUUACAGCUUCCGGAAGGGUUGAACCUAGAGUUAACCAUCCUUCUCCACACUUGUGGCACAGUUUUUGCUCAACCCAAGGGACUGCCACCACAACGGGCGCAUGAUCAUUUGUUUCCUCUGACUAAGGGUGCCGAACCGGUCAAGGUGCGGCCAUACCGGUAUCCUCAUAGCCAAAAGAAUCAAAUUGAAUUGAUGGUGAAACAGAUGUUGGAGGACAGAAUCAUCUAACCCAGUAAUGGCCCAUUUUUCUUUUCCAAUUCUAUUAGUCAAAAAGAAAGAUGGAACAUGGCUUUUUUGUACUGACUAUAGAACCUUGAAUAAAAUUACUAUCAAAUAUAGCUUCCCAAUCCCAACUGUGGAUGAGUUGCUUGAUGAACUAUUUCGUGCUACUGUUUUUUCUAAACUUGAUUUACAGUCCGGGUAUCAUCAAAUCUUGGCGAGACCCGAGGAUAGGCACAAGACAGCAUUUCGCACCCACCAAGGCCUUUACAAGUGGCUUUUAAUGCCGUUUGGACUUACCAAUGCCCCAGUGACCUUCCAACAUUUGAUGAAUGAUGUCUUUCGGCCUCACUUACGGAAGUUUGUACUUGUAUUCUUUGAUGAUAUUUUGGUUUAUAAUUCCUUUUGGGCGUUGCACCUACAACACCUUGAGAUGGUCUUACAAAUUCUGCAAUGGGAGUGUUUAUUUUCCAAGCUCUCUAAAUGCCUUUUUGGCACAGCAGAAAUCGAUUAUUUGGGGACAUACAAUUUCCGGAAAUGGAGUGCACAUGGAGCAAGCCAAAGUGAAGGCUUUUUAUGAAUGAAAGCAGCCCCAGAAUCUCAAGCAGCUUAGGGGAUUUCUCACAGGUUAUUACCGCAGAUUUAUCAAGGGUUAUGCGACUUUGGCAGCACCCCUUACCGACCUAUUAAAGAAAGAUGCUUUUCUAUGGAGCACUCAGGCAUCGGCGGCUUUCCAACGUCUCAAGGACGCUAUUUCUUCCCAACCUGUGCUAGCACUACCCAAUUUUGAGUUGCCUUUCGAGUUAGAGACGGAUGCCUCGGGGAUAGGCAUUGGUGCGGUUCUGAAACAAGAAAAGCACCCAAUUGCUUAUUUUUUAAAAAAAAUUGUCCUCCACUAUGCAGCAACAAUCAUCUUAUGUCAAAGAGUUUUAUGCAAUUACAGAGGCAAUGGUUGAAUUUCGACACUAUUUAUUAGGGAGGCACUUCAUUAUCCUCUCGAAUCAGCAAAGUUUGAAAGCAUUGGUUGACCAAACAUUGCAUACACUAGAACAGCAGAAGUGGAUGGCUCCACAAGUUAUUGGGUUUUGACUUUGAAAUUCAAUAUAAACCAGGCUGGGAGAACGUUGCAGCUGAUGCUCUUUCACAGUGCUUCUUUGCUACAUUUUCUACACCUCAACUUGAUUGGGUCACGACUUUAAAGGAGGAUCUUCAAGCCGAUGAUUCACUAAAGGCCCUAUUGCUUUAAUGCAGGCAAAAUCCUCAAGCUGAGGGUAAUUACUCUUCAAAGAAUGGCCUUUUUCUUUGGAGGAACAAGGUUGUUAUUCCUUUAGGCAAUAGCUUGAUCAAGCUUAUUUUAAAGGAAUACCAUUAUAGUAUGAUCGGCGGUCAUUCGGGCAUUGCCAAAACAAUUGAGCGGAUCGCGUCCAAUUUUUAUUGGCCUAAUAUGUAGGGGGAUAUCCGGUGUUAUGUGCUAGACUGUGCCAUUUGUCAACAAGCCAAAACCGAAGCGAAGCGGCCGGCUGGUUUAUUGCAACUGUUGUCCAUUCUUGCUCAAGUUUGGGACCAAAUUUGUAUGGAUUUUAUCACUGCCUUGCCUCAGUCUCACGGGCAUUGGUUAUCAUGGUAGUGGUGGACAAACUCUCUAAAUUUGUCCAUUUUAUUGCGCUGAAACAUGAUUUUGAUAGUAGGACAGUGGCUGAAGCUUUCAUAGAAAACGUGGUUAAAUUGCAUGGGUUUCCUAACUCCAUAGUUUCAGAUCGAAAUUGCAUUUUCAUCAGCAAAUGUUGGCAGCGUCUAUUCAAGUUACAGGGCACUAAGUUAGCUAUGAGCUCUGCGUAUCACCCUCAAACCGAUGGUCAAAGUGAAGUUGUCAACAAAACUCUGAAAAUGUACCUUAGAUGCUUUUGUUUCGAAAACCCAAGCAAGUGGAAGGACUUACUUUCUUGGGCUCAAUUUUGGUACAACACAUCGUUCCACAGUAUCUUUCUUUUCUGCUACAGACGUUGGAGAUUGGGCCGAUUCUCCAGCCUUCUAAGAUCUUGGAUAGCAGAACAGUUAUAAAAAAUGGGCAUGAGAAACUCCAAGUGAAGAUCCGCUGGGGUCCAAGUUAGGCAGCAGAGGUAGCUUGGGAAUCUGCUGCAGACAUUACUAAUGCUUUUCCUCAAUUUAACCUUGAUGGCAAGGUUAUGUUUAGAGAGGGAGGUAAUGUAACGAAGAAAAAUAGUAGAAGGAGGAUUAAGGUAAGUAAUGAUGAUAGUUGUGUCCAAAAUGACAAGCCGUUAUCACCAGGUAAGUAAUGAUAAUAGCGUUGAGUGAUAUUGCUCUCUCUUUCUGAAAAUUCUUCUCCGACUUCUUUCCCCUUUUGAAUAUUGCUUCUUUAUUCCUCUUCUUUUCCAUCAUUCAGCUAUGACAAUGGAUGAACGACAAUAAUUCUCUUUUCCUUUAACACUACCUGCGAGACUUUCUUUAUAGUAUUGAUUGUGUUUUUUCUUGUCUUCUUUUAUACUGUUUCAUUGCUAUUAGCACUCAAUGGUUCUUGUAAUACUCCUCUGUAAGGCUUUCAUACUCUCUUAGUU